AUGGCUCCGGUGCACCGCCAGUCGCGCUUGGGGCAACUCUACUCCCGGUGGGCGGCGUUCAAAGUCGAGGACCUGUUCUCGCGCAAGAAGGAGCCCGGCCCGCGCCGCACGAUCUUCAUCAACGAGGACCUCCCGGACGACUACCGCGACGCCCGCGGCAGAGUCAAGCAGGAGCAUGUUUAUGCGACGAAUCAGGUUAUCACGUCCAAGUACACUCUCAUCACGUUUUUGCCGAGGAAUUUGCUCGAGCAGUUUAGGCGCAUUGCGAAUGUGCCCAUGGUGUAUAUCGUGCUCGUAUUCGCAUUCGCAUUACCUCCCCCUCCAUCCAUCCAUCCGGCUGCCCCUUCAUCUCCCACUCCCGUCGUCAUUUCCGACGACAUCCGCUUCUCGAUGCGGUAUAAUUGGACGAGGGGGGGGUGGGAAGCCCCACGUGCAUUCAUGGUGCUUUCCGCGUAA